UUUACGGACCUCUGGAGGAAAUGAGAAGAAAGGUCUAUUUUGACUCACGCCUGUCGAGAUGGAGGCGCCAUUAAGAAGACCUGUACAUUCAAGAUCAAACGCACCUCAUUAGAUCAUUAAGGAUCAUUGUUAAUCUGAGUAAAAGCAAAGGGGCAUCUCUUUGCUGUGACCUGCAAAAAAACAAAAAAAAGUGUCUAUGAGCACUGAAUCACAAAGAAGAUUGAUCCCACCGUCGACCCGAUGUAGGAUCUGGUCCUUCCGAUGCCCACAGCCUCUACUCUUGCUUGGAUUUCAGCAUUCAGUCAAAUCCACCAGGACAGAGUAUGCCAUCUGCACCUUUUCACAGAAUCCUACGACCCCUUCUGCUCGGCACAUUCAUACUGGGAUGCUUUGUGACUCUGUUUUUGAUGUAUUUUAAACCAUCCACCAGCUGGUUAUCGGGUCCUGUAGAGUCAACAGUAUCCACAGACCGGGUCAAGAACCUCUUCUCCAUCAAGAACGAUAAAAACGUGACCACCGUGCUGAUCUGGCUCUGGCCCUUUGGACAAACCUACGACCUGGGCGUGUGCAGCUCUCUCUUCAACAUCGAGGGCUGUUUCAUCACAGCGGACAGAAACCUCUACAACAAGUCGGAUGGGGUCGUCAUCCAUCACCGAGACAUCUGCACUGACCUGUCCAACCUGCCGCCGCUCCAGCGACCAUCCUUCCAGAAGUGGAUAUGGAUGAACCUGGAGUCGCCGUCGCACUCCUCCCAGCUGCCUGGGAUCGAGAACCUGUUCAAUCUGACUCUCAAUUACCGUCAGGAUGCUGACAUUGAAGUGCCUUAUGGGUCGAUCGUAGCAGCGGAGGGUGAGGAGGACUAUGUCCCACCCAGCAAAAACAAGCUGAUCUGCUGGAUUGUGAGCAACUGGAACCAGGACCACGUCCGGGUCAAAUACUACAAUGAGCUGUAUAAACACAUUGAGGUUCACGCGUAUGGACAAGCCUUCGGGGAGUACAUCUCUGACCAAGACUAUUUCCCCACCAUUGCCAGCUGCAAGUUCUACCUGGCUUUUGAGAACUCCAUCCACAAGGACUACAUUACUGAAAAACUGUACAACCCGCUCUCUGUGGGGACAGUGCCAGUGGUUCUGGGCCCGGCCAGGCAGAACUACGAGAACUUUAUCCAGGGAGAUGCCUUCAUCCACGUGGACGACUUCACCUCGCCCAAGGAGCUGGCCGAUUACCUGCUGCUCUUGGACAAGAACGAGGAAAUGUACCUCAGGUACUUUGAGUGGAGGCGGCACUUUAAAGUGAAGAAGGCCUAUUUUUGGGCAGAGCACACAUGCCUGGCUUGUGAUUACCUGCGUAGGCACAAGGAGUACAAGGCAUUCAAUAACCUUGACAAGUGGUACUGGGGCGCAUAGUGCUUUGAGGGCUAUGCAGUGCUUGUUUUGUUGUUAAAGGCAGUGCUUUAAGAUUUUUGUCCUUCGGUUAACAUGAAGGUUCAUUAUUGUUCUGUCCAGAGCUCCUGAAUGAUGAUUUCUAUUGGUUCAGUGGCCCAGUGAGACAUCCGUCUUGUUUAUUUUAUUUGCAAGCCAAUUUUGCUAAGCCUUACUUUGCUUUUUGUGUUAUUCAUUUAUUAUGUAUUUUUAAUGAAUUACAAAUGCACUACAUGUUUUAUCGUUAAUUCAACCCAUGUUUUGCUUAACAUGACAUUUGCUGCUAUUUUUUAUGUUUUUAAUUCAUAUUAUUAGUAUGAUUGCUUGAAUGUAUGGAUGUUCCUGUAUUACAGAUAACAUUCAUGAUGCAAGGUUGUUGUUUAUUUCUUUAAGUAUCAUCUUUUCAUGAAGCGGAUGCCGGAAUAGUGUUGGCUGCAGAAGGAGAUAGACAUAAAAAGUGCAAAUAUUUAUGUAAUAUUUAUUCAAGUGAGGCAUUAUAUGAUAAAACAAUCUCAUCUGUGCUAGUGAUGCAGUCACCUAUGCAGUGUUUACUGAACUCAAAUGUGAAAGUAGUUCAAUUGUGUCAUGUACAUAUUGUGUAUUUUUGGAAUUAUGUAGCUGUCAUUUUUUUCUCCAUAUUUUUGUAAGUUUGCAUUUGCACUGCUAAUCCAACUGUUACCUAUCUUUACAUAAUGUACAGUUAAACAGACGGACAUAGUGUUAUGUGGUUGUAGAUGGCAUACAGUGAUCAUUACCCCGAUAGUCUGCGACAGCAGAUGUGUCUCUUCUCUGGGAGAUGGAGGUUACUAUUUUAAUCAUGUUGUGAAUUUUUCAUUGUCACAUGUGAUGUGCCACAGCACAGUUGGAUCGUGUGUGGAUGAUAGUACAGGACAGCAUUGUACUGCAAUAGGAAAUUCCUAGACACCUCAUUAUGUUGCAUUCUGAUUUGAUUUGUACAUUUUAAUUGAAUAGUGAAAGUGACGUGAAAGAGCACAAAAUGAACAUAACAGAAUUUUGCUGUGCGUACUGUAGGUCAUCUCACAAUGUGACAUCAACUAUUUACACUGGUACUUUCAACUAUUUCAGCACAUGUUACCUUUACUGUAUGGGUGAAGUGGUUGUGAAUUAGAUAAAAUCAGAUCAGGUGAGAUCUGCCCACAUGUUUGGGACCUGUUAAAAAAAAAAGUGAAAGCUGUGAAAUGUUCAAGAUUACUGCAAGAUUAUCCAUAUACCUGUCUUUGAAUCAUCACACUGCAGUGUUGUGUGGGCAGCACGCGAAAUACAUUGUUCUGGAUUUUUUAUUUUUUUUAACACUCUUUUUUACAGUUGUGUGGCUUGCCAGCCAACCUACGCCACUCGAGAGCACACUACAAAAAAGCAUAUGCAUCUGUAGAUAUCACAUCACUUUUAAAUGUAGUCAGAAUAGCUAAUCCACUGAACAAUGCAUCUUAACAGCACUCAGCAGCUAUUGACAUGAAGUUUUUACAGAAAGAACUGUUCAAAACCAAGUCAACAUUUUAUGCAAGAUGAGCCAUCGUCUUCUUGGUCAGAGUAUUCAAACAUGUUUCAGGUUAUUAUCAUUUUGAUAUUUCUUCACUGUCAAAGGGACCAUUGAUGUAAAUUAGGAUGAAUUCAAUUAUUUUUCUUAUGGAAUAUGGUUCCAAAUGCCAUAGUGAAACCUGUAUAUAAACCUUGAAGUGAACUGAAUCAUCAUCUGGAUCAAACCAGCCCACUAACACAGAUCAUUCCUGUAUGUGCACCAGACUGAUGGAGCUCCAACAGUGUUUGCAUUUAAGGGGAAAAGAAACAAUGUGUUGUAUAUAUUUUUAAUGUUUAAAUCUCUUUAUAACAUGCAAGUGUUGUCAGGCAGUGAAUGUGAUUUCGCUGCACCUUUGUAGGUAAUGUUGGUGCUUCAAGAGGCUGUGAAUUAAGACGAAAAGAGAGACACACUUAAAAACAAUAACCAGCGUCAGAGACAAUGGUUUAAUGUUGUGAGGUGGACGUUUCAUCAAGUGGGGGAAUUUUACACAGAACUUUUUUUUUUCUUUUUUGAUUAGGCGGUAAUCUUGUUGGCAUGACCUAAUUGAAAAAGUUGUGCCAAAAUGCAGCAGAGAUAUAGCACUUUUAUUCAUGUGGAGUUGUGUGACUCACUGUGCUAGUGGCUGUCUUUAGAUGGAGCUAUUGUGAGUACAAAAACUGUCACACUGCCACUCAUGGUUUCAUAUUGUACAGUCCAAUCUCCUGUAUGAAAACAAAGGUUUCUUGUCCAUUGUGGUUGGUGACUUUAAGAAACAAAAGUUUUUUUUUCUUUAUGUCGUCUGUCUCUCAUCCUCUCUCCCUUUCUCUCUUUUUUUGCACAAACAAAAACAUGAGGAACUGUGGCUUCUCUGUCCCCCUGUUCUGAGUCUGUGAGUGUGUCACAGCACCAGAGAUUGAAUCAGGAUGUCUUUGGAUACUGUCUGACCUGGCACUGAUUUUGCCGGAGUCCUUUAGUGUGAUGACAUUUUUGUGUGUGGUUGAACAUGACGAUUUCUCCAGAAAUGCUCAUUUUCUGCCAGUUCACUGAAAAAAGUCAGUGAGUCAAUCAGUACAAGUUUUUUGCCAAAUCAUUGUGUUUUGCCAAAUGUUGUGUUUUAACUGUAGAUGUCUGAUAGUGUCAAAGAAAAUAAAG